CAAACGACGCUGGGCACAAUCCUUGACUCCAAUUGUUGACUCAGACAAAACCCUCGCUGGAAGCUUGAUUUCAUGUUGAAAAGUGACACAUUGUGAUACUACUUGUAGUAAAUCGCUGCGAGCAAAACGGGCUGCGCGUAGCUGCGCGCGAGUCCGCAUGCGCGACAGCUCCGUGCCCGGCCGUUGACAACAGGCCCCACACAGGGGCCAGUAUGACGAAUUAAGGACACAGUAUUGCUUAUUAGUAUCAAGAGAUGCUGCCAGGCACAUACUACGCCACGGCGACGACGCCGGGUGCCCCUCAGCUGGCGCCGGGCGUCAUGGCCCCGACGAACUGGAGCCCCACGCGUAUGCAGCCGGAGGCUAGCACCUCCAGUCCGCCCGGUGUGUACUAUCCGCACGCACCAGGACAACCUGAAUAUGGCCAGCAGCUGCUGCAGCAGCCGUAUCCUGGAGCCGGCGGCCCGGCGGAUGCCCACGCCCAGUACGCAGCGCUACAGGCGCAGCUCGCGAACGGGGCUGGCUACACCUCCCCGCCUUCACGCCUUCCCGGGGCGGCAGCGGGGAUUGGGGGCCCCCAACAGCGGCUGCCGUAUCAGCAGCAGUCUUACCCGCAGGGCAUGGUCAUGGCAGCAUACACGGGCGACGGGCCGCCGCCUGCCCCGCCACAGCCCCUCCAGCCCCUCCAGCCCUUACAACCCCUCCAGCCGCUGAUGCCGCUCCAACCCUUGGAGCCUCCCGAGCCCUUCCUCGCAGCAGACCUCUCCGCCAUCGCCGCCGCCGCCAUGACCGAGGCGGCGGCGGCGGAGGCCUUCGGCGCGCCGUCCAUCCCGCCGCCGCCGCCGCCGCCCGAGCUGCCGGGCAGUGCGCUGCUGGCGCCCAGCGCCUCGCCGCUGCUGCGCGAGGUGGUGCAUGAGGGGCGGGUGUUCGUGGUGGACACCUCCAGCAACCUGGUGUACCGGGACAGCGCGCAGGCGGGCGUGCUGGAGCGCGUGGGCAAAUGGGUGCAGGGCACGCUGGUGUUCGUGCCGCCACUGACGGAGCAGCAGUUCUUCGCCACGCUGCGCGCCUUCCUGGCCAAGCGCAAGCUGGGUCUGGCCGACCUGUUUGCGGCGCUGGACACGGACCUGGACGGCUGCCUUGGCAGCGGCAGCGAGCUGAGGGCGCUGGCGGCGCACGUGGUGCCGGGCGCGGCGCCCAGCGAGGUGGCCUACAUCACGGCGUUGGUGGACUGGGACGACGACGGCUACGUCAGCCUGGGCGAGCUGCUGGACGCCGACGAGUGGGCCGAGGUGGUGGCGGACGAGCGGGCGGAGGGCGCCGGAAGCGACUGGGUGCGCGUGCUGCAGGAUACGUCCUACAUACUGCACACGCAGCGGCGGCACGCGCAAGUGGUUUUCCACACGCUGGCGGCGGAGGCGGCCGCCGCGGCGGGCACCGCCUGGCAGCAGCCGCCGGAGGCGGGGGCGGGGAUGUGGCCCGCGGACGACGUCCUGGGGCUAGGCAGCAGCAGCGGCAGCGGUGCCUGGACGUCGCAGGGCCGCGGCGGCGCGGGCCGGGGCCAGCAGCAGCCGCAGCAGCCUGUGCUGCUGGAGCCGGCGCAGCUGCUUCGCUUCUUGAGCAUCAUGCGGCCGGAGCUGGGGCCGGGCGAGGCGCGAUACGUGAUGGACCAUCUGAUGCAGGGCCCGGGCGACAGCCGCCGCAGCCUGCCCCAGGUGCUGCACACGCUGCACCUGUGCGACACGGCCUACAGCGCCGAUAAGCAGCAGGCGGCGCAGGCUCGCCGCAUGGUGGAGCAACGGCACGCCGAGUCGCUGGCGGCGGAGGCCGCGGCGGACGCGGAGCGGGCGGCGGUGGAGGCCGAGGAAAGGGCCGCGGCGGGCGGCGCGGACCCGGCUGCCGCUGCCGCGGCAGGGCAGGCCGCGGCUGCCGCCGUGCGCUCGGCGGCGGCAGCGGCCGCAGCCGCGGAGGCAAAUCGUCUGCCCAACGUGCCGGAUGCUGGGGCGGAGGGAGCGGCCAGGCAGCACGCCGCGGGCAACAGCCGGCGGAGGCCGGGUGGCGGGCCGGGGCUAAACCAGCGGCCGCCGCCGCUGGGGCCAAGCAGGCUGCGGCGCCGCGGCGGCAGCCCUCGGGACUCCGUGCCGCGCUUCUUCUACCGCCUGGGCUACUACCUGCGCGCCUCCCGCCUGGGCCUGCGGGAGCUUCUGGCGCAGUUCGACAGCGACGGCGACGGCGGACUGGACCCGCUGGACACGCGGCGGCUGGUGGCGGAGGUGCUGCCGGGGGCCUCCAGCGCGCAGAUCGUGUACAUACGGGCCGCCAUGAGCUCCCCGGCUGCGGCGAUGCUGACGCUGCCGGACCUGACCAGGGCGGUGCAGGAGCACAGUGCCGAGGUGUCCGCGGGCCGACAGGACGCAGAGGCCCUCGCCGCCGGCGCCGCGCCCACCAGCCCCCUGGCACACCUCUACCUGUACGGCGGCGGCGGCGCGGCGGCGCCCGCCAACGCCAAUGCGGUUAUGACGGUUGGCGGCGGCGCCGAGUCGUUCUUCCUGCGUCAGCAGCAACAGCAGGCGGCGGCGGCGGAGCCGGCGGACGUGCUGACGUGGAUAACGGAGUACAUGGCGCGACGCAAGGUGACUCUGGCCACGCUGAUGGCGCAGUUCGACCGGGACGGCGACGGCGGCCUCAGCGAGCAGGAGGCGGCCCGCCUCAUGCGCUACGUGGCCGCGGGCCGCCUGGGCUCGGCCGGAGGUGGAGGCGGCAGCGCAGGCGGCGGCGGCGGCGGCGGAGGCGCGGACGUGCUGGAGCUGGAGGAUGGCGGCAGCGGAGCCGGAGGGGGAGCAGGGGGAGGAGUAGCAGGCGGGGCGGGCGGCUCACCAGGGGCGCAGAAGCGGCAGCGGCGGGCACGGCGGGCGGAGAUGACGCUGGCGCGGUUCCGGACGGAGGCUGACGUGGACAGGGACGGGCUGCUGUCGUUCAAUGACCUGCGUAUGGCGCUGCUAGCCAAGCAAGACGCCCUCGCGCGCGACCGCGUGCGCCAGGCCGCAGCCGCCGGCGACGCCGCCGCUGCCGCGGCGGCCGCCGCCGCCACCACCGCCUCCCUGCUCGGCCCUGCGGAUCCGGCCCUCCCCGCCACCCUCCGCCGCCCCACGCCCGGCGCCCCGGGCCCCGACGGCACCAACGACCCAAACGACUUGCCCUUCUGGGCGCCGCUGCCGCCGCCGCAGCACCUGCCGCCCGGCAUGGCGGCGGCGGGCGGCGCCGCCGGCGGCGCCGGGCACCGCACCAUCCACGUGUCGGCGGUGCCUGUGGGCCUGCAGCAGUACCCGGGCAUGGCUCCGCCCGGCACGGCGCCAGAGGACUACGACGCCACGCCCUACGCCCCCGCCCGACCCGCAGACGCGCGCGACCCCUUCACCCUCGCCUUCGCCGCACAGCAUCCCUCCGCCUCGGCACUGCCGCCGUCGACGCUGUCGCUGUUCCCCAGCCCCGCCGUCAAGAGCGCGGCCGCGGCAGCGGCCGCGGCCGCAGCGGCUGCGGGAGGAAUGGGGGGCUUGGGCUCGCCCAGGGCGGGGGCGCUGGUGCCGGCGGGGGCGGGGAUGGGGGUGGGGAUGGGGGCUGCUGCCGGCUCACCGGGCGGUGUGGGCGUGCCGCGCGGCCUGCUGCCCGAGGUGCCGCUGGCGGAUGUGGAGGCGCUGGACCCCGAGGUCACACUGCAUGCUGUUGAGUACCUUGGCCACACGCUGCUGGUGGACCGCGUGUCCAACCUGGCCUUCCUGCCGCUGCCGCCCAACCCCGCCACCACACCGGCACGCCUGGGCAGCGGCAGCGGCGCUCAGGGUCGCCCGCACACGGCCGGCGCCGGCGGCGCGCCCGGCUCGGCGGCGGCGCUGGUCGCCACGGGGCCGGGCGGCGCAAAGCGGCUGCCUGAUGACCAGCUGCACCUGUUUGGCAGGCUGCUCCCCAACGGCACUCUGGAGCGGGUGGAGACGCCGCUGGCGGCGCAGCUGUUCGCGGCGCUGGACUGGCAGCUGCGGGCGGGGCAGGCGAGGCUGGAGGAGAUGUGGGCGGCGGCAGUCAUGGGCGUGCGGGCGCCCAGACAGCUGCCCGGCGCGCCGCCGCCGCCCGCGCCGCCGCCCACAGACCUGUCCGGCCUGGCUCGCUUCCUGCGGCCGCUGCUGCCCGGGCUCACGCCACAUCAGCUGCGCUACCUGUGUGCGCUGUUCGACCUGGACGGCGACGGGCUGGUGGGGCCGGAUGACGUGGUGAUGGGGUUCGAGGAGAUAGGCACCACCAUAGACACGCCCGCAAACAAGCUGCACGCGGCUGCCUACAAGCUGCUGGCGCGGGUGGCGGGCGUGGUGCUGGGCGACUAUGCCGAGAGCUACAAGGCCUUUGCAGGGUACCAGCGCCAGGCGGGCGGCCUGAACGCCGGUGCGGGUGCGGGGCCCGGCGCGGCGCCGCCCGUGAACGCCAGCGGCUCCUACGGGCGUGUGGAGCUGAGCAUGACCCAGCUGGCCAGGUUCCUCUCCCACCUGACCGGCCACCGCGCGCCGCCCGACGACCUGGGCGCCGCGGUGGUGUACCUGGUCACCAAGCUGGCGGCGGCGGAGGCGCCCGGCAGCCCUGCCGCCGGCGCCUUCCCCGCCUCCAACCCCACGCUGCCCGGCCCCAACCAGCCCUACGGCAACCCCUACGCCGCCGGCGGGCAGCUGUACCGGCACCUGAGGGACUCGCCGCCCAAGUUCGACUGGCCCUUCAUUGUGGGCGUGAUGCGCGCGCUGGAGAACAGCCUGCCAGUGGACCGCCGCCUGCCCAGCAGCCCGCCCGACAGCCGCCGCAACACACGCGAGCGCCUGCCAGGCAGCGUGGGCGGCGGCGUGGGCGCCGUGGCGGCGGCGGGCAGCGGCGUGGGCGCGCCGCGGCAACCGCCCGGCGGCGCAGGUUGGGUGGCGGGCGGGACGCCUGUGCUGCUGCCGGCGGAUGUGCCGGACGGCGGCGGUGGGGACGUGUUGGAUGAUGACGAGUGGGGGCCGGGGCCUGCCGGGCCUACCAGGCAUGCGCCGCUGCGCGCCAACGCGCUCACGCUGCCGCCCGCGCCGCACCCCGGCCGCCGCCUCGUGGACCUGCGCUUCCACGUGCACGCCGACGGCCGCACCUUCCUGCUAGACAACGUCACCGGCAUGCUGUACGCCGCCAACCCCUACAUCCUGGCGGCGGCGGCGGCGGCCGCCGACGUGGCGGCGGCGGCGGCGGGCCUUCCUGGUGGCAGCGGCGGCCGCGCGGGCGCAGGCGCAGCACUGCUCACGUCGCAGCUGCAGCAGCUGCAGCUGGGGGCGAUGCGGAGCGGCGGCGGUGCAGGUGGCGGUGGUGGUGGAUACGGAGGUGGAGGAGUCGGAGGAGGGCUGUGGGUGGGCAGGGGCGGCAGUGGCGGCGGCGGUAUGAGGCUGUCGCCGCGGCUACUAGGCGUGGGCGUGGCGGCCUCCGCCGACGGCCUGGGCCCAGACGGCCUGCCCGGUGUGCCCCCUCCGCUGCUGCUGCCCUACCCCGAGCUGGCCGGCAAGCUGACCUACCCCGACAACCGACUGCUGCCGGCGCAGUGCGGCGCGGGCGUGGGGCUGGUCACUGGGGCCCUGGCGCGGCUGGCGGCGGAGGAGCCGCGUGUGGAGGCCUUAUACCGCGUGCUGGACAGGGAUGGUCGCGGCCUGGACCACCGGCGACUGCACGCGCUCAUCUCGGGGGUGGCCAGCCUGACGGCGGCGGAGGUGGCGUUCGCGCGGGCGCUGCUGGACCGCGAGGGCACCGGCCGCGUCAGCCUCAGCGAUCUCAUGGAGGCGGGCCAGGCGAUCCACUACACGGCCACGGAGGUGGGCGCCGGCGCCGGCCGCAGCCCCGCUCCCCCCGUGACGCUGACCCUGGGCCGGCUGGAGGCGCGGGCGCUGGACGUGUUGCACCGGGCGGCGGCGGCGCUGGCGGCGGAGAGCCGGCUGUUCUGGCUGCUGCUCACAAAAGCGGAGGGCGGCGCUGCGUCGGGCGGCGGCGGGCUGGGCCUCCUGGACCGUGGCAGCGCCGCCGCCCUGCUGCGUCAGCUUCUGGCGCCCUACCUCCCCCCGCACGAGGUGGCUGUGGUCACCGCCUACCUGGCCAUGAUGACGCCCGACAAGGAUGGUAACGUGUCAGCGGACGAGCUGCAGCAGCUGCUGCGCGUGCUGCCCAUGAGGCUGCGGCUGCCGUACGGCGGCGGUGACGCGGUGGCGGCGGCGGCCGCCGCCGCCGGGCUGUCGCCGGCGGCGGUCGCCGCGGCGGGCGGCCUGGCGGCGGCGGGGCGGGAGGUGGUGUUUGCGGCGGGUUUCGGCGGCCCAGUGGCGGCGGAUGGGAGCCUGCUGCCGGCGCCGCCGCCGCAGGAUGGUGGCCCUGGCGGCGGCGGCGCACGCUACCGCCGCCGGCUGCCGCACGCCGCCGGCCCAACCGAUGCGGAGGCGGAGCUGCUGUACGGCGCCAACGACGGCGCCGCCAACCGUUGGGACGAGUACGGAGGGCCGUACGAUCCAGACUACGGCGAGGGCAGGUUCGGCCGUGCGGCGGCGGCGGCGGCCACGGACCGCCGGCCGCGGCCACAUCGGCGCCCGCCGCCCAUCCCGCCUGGCGGCGGCGGCGGCGGCGCGUACGGCCUGGCGGCGGAGGGCGCCCAGUCAAUGUACGACGAAGACGUGGCCGAACUGUACGGCCCCGAGGCGCCGUACGACAGUAUCCUUGGAUCCAAGCCGCCACCGCUGGAUCCGGUGCGGGGGCCGCAGCAGGCGCGGCGCGCGGGCAGUCGCUUCCUGCCGCCUCGCGGGCCGCCGCCGGAGCUCGACCCGGCCGUUGCCGCCGUCGGGCCGGCCAGCCGCCUGCCGCCGCGCUCGCGCCUGCUGCCGCCGGCAGGCGGCCGUGGCGGCUUCGACCCGUAUGCGGAGGAGGACGCGUCGCUGGGGCUUGACGCGCCCCUGCCGCUGCCGCCGUCGCGGCUGCGGGAGUCGGCGGUGGGGCUGUCUGACGAGGCCGACCUUCUGGAUGAACUGAGGGGGCGGCCGAGGGGCCGGCUGGGCGCCGGGGGCGGGCUGGACAGCUCCACGCAGUACGGGCUGCUGGAGGACGUGGGGCCCGGUGCCCAGCAGAUCGGCCGCGGCCGCCGCGCCGACGACUUCAGCGGAGCCGCGUCCCUGCUCGACGACACGCGCCCCGCCGCCACCGCGCCUAGGGGCAAGCCGCCGCGGCCGCCUGGGUCGGCCGCGCCAGUCGGCUUCGACCCGUAUGGGCUGGCCUCGGAGGAGGUUGGCGGCCUGCCGCCGGGAGGCGACGUGCGGACCUCGCUACUGCCCGAGCGGCCAACGGAGAUGCGGCGGCUCGGCGGCGGCGUGGGUGCAGGCGGCGGCGGCGGCGGCGGACAAGCGGAGGUGCUGUCCUUCCUGGAUGAGGGCAGCGGCGGUCUGGGCAAGAGCGGCAGCAGCACCGGCAGCCGCAGCGGCGGGCUUGGCGGCCUUGGCGCGCUUGCUGGCGGCAGCGGCGGCGGCGGCGGCGGUUUUAACCCGUACGGCGAUGAGGACGUGCCCAAUGCGGGCAGUGCCGCGCCCUCUCGGCCCAUGACCGCUGCCACACUAAUGCGCGACUCCAGUGACAUGCCGCGACUGGCCUCGCCAGCACUGGAAUCACUCCUACCGGGCGCGGGAGCAGGUGGAGGCGGCGGCGGGCUGGGCGGCGGGCUGGGCGGCGGCGGCAGUGCUGCUGGCGGCGGCCGCGUGGGUGUGCGGCCACCCACAGCGACGCGUGUGUCUGGGGCAGCUGGCGCUGGCGGCGGCGGUGGUGGCGGUGGAGGGCUGUUCAGGGAAGAGGAUGACCCGUACGGUCUGCCCGUGGAGAGCCCGCUCAUCCUGGGCCGGCGCCCGAGUGACAGCGGCCGUGCGGGCGGCGGUGCCGGCAGGGGCGCCGCGGCCGCCGCCGCCCUUGGCAUCGGCAUUGACGAGCGCACCACAGACAGCGCCAGCGGCCCGGCACUGUUCACGUCUUUCGGCGACGCCCUACCUGAGCCCUCGGCUGGUGGUGCCGCUUGUGGCGCCGCUGCCGGCGGCGGCGACGACUUCGGCUUGUUUGCGGGGGAUGGCGGAGCUGCAGGCGGGGGCCUGGGGCUGCCGGCGCCUUCGUCGGGCUUCCGCAGACCGGCGGCGGCGCCAGCGGCGGGCUUGCCUGCGCUGGGUGGCGGCCGCAGCCGUCUUGUCAAGGGGACCUCGCGCAACGACCGGGAUGAGGAUGUUGAUGAAGAUGAUGGAUUCGGCCUGGGUGCCGAGCCGGGUCUGGGAGGAGGCGCAGGUGGCGGUGCAGUGGCCGCAGAGCCGCCGCCAGGGGGCAUUCUGAACGCCAGCAUUCGCUCCCAAGCCGCGGCGUCUGACCGGCUGGGGGCCAGCCUCCGCUCCAACCGGUACGGUGGCGGCGCGGGCGCGGGUGCGGGAGCCGGCGCCGCAGGCACAGCCAGGCGGGUGGGCGACGCGGAGAGCAGCUCGGGCUCGUUGGGCGGCGGAGGGCGGGGCGGGGCCGGCGCUAGGCCCGGGGCUGCGGCUGCCGGGGGCAUCGGAUUCGACCCCUACGGUUUGGAUGGGGAGCUCGGAGGCGGCGGGGGAGGGGGCGGCGGGCUGGGCGGGGGCCUGCCGCCGCCGACGCUGGCACGCAGCCCUGCCGCCAGUGGGCGCAAGGGCGCGGCGCGCGAUGACGAUGGUGAUGGUGACGGCGGGUUGCUGGACUAUGACGAGAACGACCUGCUGGGUGGAGAUGAGGAGAUUGACCACGGGCUGGGUGGCGGCGACGGCGACGGCGAUGACUUCUGAGUGUUGGCCGCCGGGGGAGGAGGUUGCAUGGUGCUAGGCGUGAGGUUGCGCGUGGCGCUGUACUAAGUGGGGGCUGUCUUCAGAGGGCAAUGCGAGUUGGAAACGUACGGUAGUUACGGCAGGUUGCUGCUCGCGACGAGUGUUGCUGCGGGUACCGUAUACAAGCUGCAUGGCUUGUGUGCGCCGUGUUCUUACGGGGCAGCUGAGCGUGUUAUGACACAAGGGCAAGCUGUAACGAAUGCAAAUG